AGCAAGAGACAGCGGAAGGAGAGAAGAGAGGAGGAGGAGAAAGAGGGAAAGAGAUAAGAACAAGUCAAGGAGCAGACGUAUUAGAGGAAACUCGCCAUCUGCGAACUGAUAGCACGGGAUUUGAACCGAGUUGUACAGAAAGGCGUGCAAACUCUGUUUGCUGGUUGAAUGAUAUCAACCAGGACCCGAAGCAGUAGUGAGAGAAAUCUUUUUCGACAUCAUAUUUCAAGGAGCUAUUGUUGACCGAGAAGAUGCUGAGAAAGGGAACAUGUCUAGUUUGGGCACUGCAGUCUUGUUCGAUAAUGUUGUCGACAGCUGCCUUCGUCAAUGGCCCGAUCAGCUCUAUUGAAUUGCGCAGAACAGGAUCAUCAGACAGGCUUAUGCACCUGCUGCACAACUUUGAGAGCUCAAGCUGCAGUUGCCACAAGCGCGAGAGGCCAUGUUGCAGCUGCCGUUCAAGAAGGACAACCCCGCACAUGGUCAAUGUUGCGCCUUCCACAUCGGCGGUCGCUUCAGGAACGUCUCCCAGCAAGAAAUCUGUGGGCACAGACCCGUCAAAGCUCUACCUGGAACCGAACACGAUGUUUCCUGCACCGGAAGGUCCCUCCACGCUGGAUUGGAACGAGACGAGCCACAGUGGAGGCGACGCACUGCUUGAGCUCUACCACGGCUCGAGUCGAGUUGUCAUUGUAGAGUACUGGUACAAGAAGUGCGCCAUGUGCAAGGUGAUGCAGCCUCUGGUGCAGCGAGUUGUGAGAGAGUUCACGGGGAAGAUUCACUUCGUCGAGGUUGAGGUGUUUGAGAGCAAGAAGGUCGUGCAGCAUGCCGGCCUGCGCAGCGUCCCGGCGUUCCAGGUCUUCUACGACGGCAAGAUGAUCGACCAUUUCUCUGGGUUGCACACGGUGAAGGCGAUGCGAGCCAUCUUCUCCAACGCGCUGGAGAUGACGGCAGAGAGGCUUGACAACUUCUCCCACGCGGAGGUUCGGUCAUGACAGGGGACAAAGCUCGAGGAGCCUCGUUGCACUGAUUGUUUUACUAAGAAAGGUUUAGCAUCAUUUGAUUGAAUUAUGUACAUCUUC